GCCAAUGGGAGCGCGAGGGCGGUUGCUAAGGGGCCGCGCGUAGCGGGGCUGGUGCAGACGGGUGGGAGCUGCUGGCGGCGGCGCGGCCGGGCCCGCAGUGCAGGAUGGGUAGAUGGAUAUAUCGCAUGUGAUGUGUUACAGCUGGUGAAAUCCCUCACCUGGUGCUCACUUUUUCAAAGAGGGUAGCUUGGGUAGCACGUGGGUCCAGACACUGAAAAUUCUACUGAGGACUGGCAGUUAUUUCUAGUUUGAAGGAAAAGUGACAUUGGCUCAAAAUGAGUGCGAUGUUGGAAACCCCUGAGCUGCCAGCGGUGUUUGAUGGGGUGAAGCUGGCUGCGGUUGCUGCUGUUCUCUAUGUGAUUGUUCGCUGCUUGAAUUUAAAAAGCCCAACUGCCCCUCCUGAACUAAUUUACCAGGACUCUGCUCUGGCCCGCUUUCUACUCAAAUCCUGCCCACUGUUGACCAAAGAGUACAUUCCACCCCUGAUCUGGGGAAAGAGUGGACAUAUCCAGACUGCCCUUUAUGGAAAAAUGGGGAGAGUGAGAUCACCACAUCCGUAUGGACUUCGCAAGUACCUCACGAUGCCAGAUGGAGCGACAGCCACCUUUGAUCUCUUUGAGCCGCGGUCCGAGCACUGCAUUGGAGAGGAUGUCACGAUGGUAAUCUGCCCUGGGAUUGCUAACCACAGUGAAAAGCAGUAUAUCCGCACUUUUGUGGACUAUGCGCAAAAAAAUGGGUACAGAUGUGCUGUCCUGAAUCACUUGGGAGCCUUACCAAAUAUUGAGCUCACUUCUCCACGAAUGUUCACGUACGGUUGCACCUGGGAAUUUGGUGCCAUGGUUAAUCACAUCAAGAAGACCUACCCUCAGACCCAGCUGGUUGUUGUGGGCUUCAGCCUGGGCGGAAACAUCGUGUGCAAGUACCUGGGAGAAAGCCAGGCCAACCAGGAGCGAGUCCUGUGCUGUGUCAGCGUGUGCCAGGGGUACAGUGCACUGAGGGCACAGGAAACCUUCAUGCAAUGGGAUCAAUGUAGAAGAUUUUAUAACUUCCUCAUGGCAGACAACAUGAAGAAGAUCAUUCUUUCUCACAGGCAAGUUCUUUUUGGAGAUAACACAAAGAAGCCACAGAGCCUGUCAGAUACUGAUCUGAGCAAACUCUAUACAGCAACAUCCCUCAUGCAAAUUGAUGAUAGCGUUAUGAGGAAGUUCCAUGGCUACAGUUCCCUGAAGGAAUACUAUGAAGAAGAAAGCUGCCUGCAUUACUUGCAUGGGAUCUAUGUUCCCCUUCUGUUGGUUAAUGCUGCUGAUGACCCUCUUGUGCAUGAGAGUCUUCUAUCAAUUCCAAGAGCUCUUUCAGAGAAACGGGAAAAUGUCAUGCAUGUGCUGCCCCUUCAUGGAGGCCACCUGGGGUUUUUUGAAGGAUCUGUACUAUUCCCAGAACCUCUCACCUGGAUGGAUAAGCUUGUGGUGCAGUACGCCAACGCCAUCUGCCAGUGGGAGAAAACAAAGUCUCACUGCUCGGACACAGAGCAGCCUGUAUCUGGCCAGGAGUAAUAGAUCCAAAGACUCUGGAUCACUUCACUAUGUCUCUCCCUUUGGGAACAUGUUGUUCCCUCACCUGCUGCUUCAGGUUUCCAUUCUCCUUGAUAUACUAUGGCUGGGGUUUGAUCACAAUGUUUUCUUCCAGAGUGGAGUUAAAGCAGAGGUUAAUGUUUGAUUAGAGCGUCUUUGCAUAUAUAGUCACUUGGGUUUGUAAUUUACUGCUCUGCUUGAAGAAUUAGGUUGCUGACUGUGACUUCUUACAGGGUUACUGAGCUAAAGACUGCUUGCUUUAAUAUAGCAGAAGUUUCAAAUGUGAAGAUAUCUUCACCUGCUGGUCAAAAACUUGGUCUGCAGCAUUUGCUUAGGUGUAGAUGACAGGGUGACUAUGAUUGUCUCCUCUGUCCUGGUGCUGGCAAAACCUUGUACCAAGCUACAAGCCAGCUAAUGGUUCAGUCUGUAAGCCACUAAAGUGUGACUUGGAAAACAGAUGGUUGACUGCAAGUGGAGUUCCAGCCUUGCACUUCAAGGGAAGCCUUUUAGUUCCUAGGAAUGCACUUACACAAGUGAAUCAGUUGAAAAACACUGAACUUUUCCAUGCUUCAGCUAUCUGUGAGUUGGUGUCUUUAUGCUGGGACUCCAAGUAGAGAAAAUCUGUGGGCUGGUAAUAGCAGUUAAUGUUUCUAUGUAAAUGUGGUCUCUUGCACCAAGACCAGAUCAGUCACCUUCUUGUCACCUUUGACACUUUUUAAUGUAGUAAUCUUUCUAGUACUGGAUUUUUUCUGUUUGACAUAGGGCUUUUUAAAGCUGGCUCUGGCUUCCAAAUGGAAACCAGUGAUUAAGAAUCUGCAGGAUCUUUCUGUGAGCUCAGUCUCUUUUUGAGAAUAUUUUGUAGAGAAUUAUGUACUCUGUUAGGGAUUAAUUUGUUGAGGAGAAGCUAUCUGUGUAGUUUUACUCCCCUUAUGUCAGGGUUAAUCAUAACACAAUUUUUCCCCUUAGCUUUCAAAGCAUCAAAUGGUUUUCAGACCCAUGACUUGCCUUGCAGCUGAUGGGGAACUGGAUGUUUCUAGCCCUGUACAACUUAAAUGGUAUCUCUGCAUUACUGACUACUUCCAUAUCUGUGUAAAUGCUGUAGGGUUACUGGCUUCAGUAAGACACUGGGCUCUUCCUUGCUUGAACUCCUUUUCCACACCCAGUUCUAGUUUUAACAUGCAAAGUGAAGUGUGAAAGCUGUUUGCAAGAAAGAUGCCUACUCGCUUGUGCUUUUCCCUCAAGUGGCUGUUCUGGUCUGUGCCAAGAUGGUUGUUAAAGACUCUGGUCUAUCCCCAGGAAGGAAAGUUGUCCCAUGACAAUCUGGAGAAACUUUGUGGUCAAAAUAUUUUUUCCUUUUACUGUUUGUUCUGUCAAUAUUGUCUCAUUAAUCCAUCCUUAGGACUUUUAUCACAGUGUCAAUGAAGUUCUUUUCCCACAUCAGUUAGCACUUUAUUGCUUCAGCCUUGGACUGUGUUGCAGGCACUUUAGCUUAUAGCUUAAAGGUGAAACAAGCUGUGAGACUGGUAAUAUCGGGGAACAAGCCUUCUGGGCUGCCCUGUUCCUGUGCUUCAGUAGGUUGGAGAGGUUUUAGGGGUUUUGUUUUAAUAAAGCAAUAAUUAACUAUUGUAGCAAAGGUGCAUUAUCAUAUCAGGAAAUUCCUUUCAUUUGCCUUAGGCCAGACACCUUGGCCUGUUACAAUGAACUGUGGCUAUCUGCACGUUCUCCUUGUUAGUAAAUCCAUGUUGCCUCUUUUUCUCAAAGAUGUGGCAAGAUAAAGCUAUAGCAAGACUUGGCCAUGCUUGUGGCUGUUCCUUAAGAACUAUUUUAGGGCAUCAGUUAGCAAGGAUAUUCUUAGCUGAUGGACAUUUUGUCUGUUUUUAUCCUCUUAUUCAUACUGCAUCUGUAUGUUACCAAAAUGUCACAAGACACUUCAGAUUUUUUUGCUUAAGUAGCUGUUCAUGUAAUAUUCAUCAGAUACAACUUAAAUAUCUUCUCGCUUCAACGGAGGAGAGUGUAAAACACCAUUUGUAUACACCAAAUAGAUCCAAUAGGGGGAUGUGGCUGUUAUCUUCAGUGGGUUACAACUUCAGAAGUGUUUCAGCUUUCAUGGGAUGCUACAGCUGUGGCUUACACAGGCCUUGAGGAAACACCACUCUCCUUCCUCAGUCCGGCUUUACUUUGCUGAGAUGAGUAUUGGCUUCAGACAGCUCCAGAAGAACACAAGUUGUCCUUGGUACUGAUACUGCUGUUGAAGUGAAGAGCCCAUUGUAUAACCCAGCAUGUGGAUACCGAUGAAAGAAAGGUCAGUGACCCCCUUUGAGAGCAGAAUAUCUGCCUUCCUCAACUCGAGAGCCUUAUCAAAUCAGGGGCUCUCUGUCCAGCUCCCCAAGUGUCUGAAGCUCUACUUUCCAUCCCAGGACCCCAGAUCUGGCUCGGUACUGUCUGGGAAGGUGAAUGCUGAGGCAGAGCACAUGUUUUGCCUUUGAUUUUUGGCUAAGUUGUGCCAGUCCCUCUGAAAAUGGAGUUUUGUCCUGGGAAGCUUUUUUUCUUGGAAAAAAACACUUCAUCCUUCCCUUUUGUAAAGAUCAUUCUUGAUGGGCCAGGCCUUCAAACAUGUUUUUCUGUUUCUGAGGUAUGAGGAAGCUACCUUUUUAAUGCUGGUGCACCAAGAUGCAUGGCACUCUGUCCAAUCCUAAUCUGGAAUACAGUUCUCUCCAAAAAUAAGGUGAUACUAGUCUUGUGAUAUGGGCAGGUGGUCUUAAUCUGCCCAGUGAACUCAACCUUAAAUGCAGUCUGAAUUUUGAAGUCUUAGAGGUGAAGGUGUCUUUUUAAUCUCUUGUCAAGACACAUGAGGCUGCUGAAGUGUGCACUUGUAGAUUGUGACAGUGCAGGCUGAUAGUGCAGUUCAAGAUUACAGCAUGAUGACUAUAUCAUGUGCUCUGUUUAGUUUCAAACUGGGAUUAGAAAAAGCAUUUCUAAAGAAAAAGCACACACCUUUCCUGUUUUCCCAUCACUGGAUGUAAGCAGCACUUGAACAUAAACCCUAAAGACUCUCAAUUGGUUUGCAGGUUGCAGAACUAUUCCUGUUUGGUUAGGCUUGUCCAACCAUCACCUUUGUCAGUGUCUGGAGAGAUCUGAAGCUUGUAGGUGAGCAGCUGGGACUUGCUCUUACUGGACAUAAGGAACUUGCAGUUUCCACUACAUCAGAUCUCACAGCAAUUUGUAAUGGUCCCUUGGUUACCUUCUAAAUCGAAGGUGUUUUCAGAUGGGUCUGACAGUGUUGUAGUUGCGCUGUAAAGACAGAUACUUGAAUUUCCCUGCGGUCUUUUCCUGCGCAUUUUUCUGCGGUUUCUCUUUAUGAAGAUGUAAGUUAAAGACAGGGCAUUAAGCGAAGAUAUUGGGAACUAUUCUCUCUAGUACUGAAUUUAGCCAAGCUGCCUGUGUGUCAUCUGUCCUGGGUCUGUCACAAGUUCCUAGACCACAGCCCUUUGACACGUGGUGCCUUGCCCUUUUUUCUCCUCUUCCCUUGACAUCAGCAUAUCUAGAGACUUCAGUAACAGCCCUGUCAGAGCUUUUGGGGCUUUGCUUUUUAGUAAAGGAAUUUUCAGACACAAGGUAGUGAGACGCCUCUGGCAACGCACACUGUACAAGUGUGCGCUGACCUAAAGGACCGUUGUGGGCAGCCUAUAACUAGCUACAGUCUAUUUUAAGGCUUAAAAUACCAAUGUAUAUAAGCAGUGGAUCAUUUUUCAGCUCUCUGUUCCUCAGUAGGGAUUGAGUCAUAGAGGGAGGGUUUGCUUUGCUUAAUGUGACUUGUUACCUUUCAUCCCAAAGUUCUUAUGUCUAUUAAAUAUCCAGAAGUGUAGCUGGAAGUAAAUUGCUUAAAUGACUGCAUCUCAAAAGAAAGAGCAGAAUAGCAGCUUCAGGGUUAAUUGCCAAACAGUUUAGACACCUGAAUUACUUCCAAGUUUUUCUAGAAAUAUUAUGCCUGUCUGGAGCUUAUUGAAGUUCUUCACAUCCUUUUUCUAGGAGACCAGGAAAGUCCCUAGCCCACUGUUGCAUGUAUAAUUUGUUGCAAUGAGCAUCUUAUUUCCGGCUUGACUCAUGUUCUGUGUGUCCUUACUCCUUUGGUGGUUCUGUUGGGUGGGUCCCAGGGCCCAAAACAGUGACUCAAAACAGUGUCAGUGUCUCUUUCAUGGCUUCUGGGUGAAAAGCAAACAGCUCCUCUUGGUGUGAGGACUUAGUUUCCUCUGAGUUUAUCAUGACUCAGAGCAACACUCACUCAAGGAAGGGGUGCCCUGCAGCUGUCCUCCUCUUAUCACUGGAAGUGACUGUUACACUGGCCUGGUGGAAAGAUUUCUAGGGUUAUCCUGAAUAUCUGUGUUUGUGUUUUUGUUGGUCAAUCAAUGGACACAAACACUGCAAUCCAGAGCAACAUUUAUCAGGUUGGAUUUGCUGGUGUUGAUCUUUUUCCAAGUCUCUCUGAUGUUCUCCAAAAGCUCCAGCUGUGCAUCUGCAAAAGGUGUCUUUCCUUCUCACCCAAAGGCCUUGCCUAAUCCAGAUGGCUUUAAUGCCAGCAAGGAGCUGAUCACACAAGGUUGCUCUACACAAAGCUGUCUUGCUUCUGUCCGAAUGACAAGCUCACAUUGGUCAUGCAAGAGCUUUGAUUAGGUACAGAGCGUUUUUCUAGGAUCUCCACUGGGAUGCUGACCCUUCCGAUGGCUCCUGCUAACUGGGAAGCCUUAAAAAAAGCCAAACAAAACCCAUUUGUACUUGAUAUAACCAAACAUUACUGCUUAGCCCAAGUCAACAGCUUUCUGAAGGAGCACGUUUUCUCAUCGUGUCACUUGACAGCUUGACCGUGAUUCCCCAUGACAGAUCACUAGACAUUCUUAUUGAGAAAGCAUAACUCCUUUCUCUGAAUCCCGACCUGAGGAUUUGUGUGGAGAGCUCAGGAAAAACCGGCCUGUGCCCUUCUCGUUUUGCCCAUGCAGCUGUGUUAGAACAGGCUCAGUGACUUCUGAUGUUCUUGAUGAGCAGUUUACUAUGAAAGUAUUCUUCAAAUUGACAACACUGUACUCUGGAACCAUCUCUAAAUGCUGCCCUGAAAAAGCUUGUGUACCAACACACCCUCCCUGCUGCCAUGUUCUGAGUCAGAUUCUCUGGAGCCGAGAGCUGCAGGGGAGAUGAUUUGCAACUAGCAAUGCAAUUUUUCUAUAUCUGCUGAUGUUUACCUUUAAAAUUAUAUAUAAAUAUAUAACAGUGUCUUUGACUUCUUUAAUUUUUGUUCUUCUGUGUGGUGUAAAAUGGAGGUCAUUGCAAAACAAAAUGUAAUUUUGUUAUCUUUGAUUCAGUGGGAUUUCUUUAUUUAAAAAUAAAGGACUUAUUGAAGUCAGUGCUA